GGCAGUUUAAGCAUUUCCCAAACGACAAUCGAAAGGCCGGGAAACUGUGAACGCAAGGGUGUGGGAGGCUGGAAGGGUAUCCAAACUAGGCGUAUUUGAAAUAUGAAAUUCUCGAAAUGUAGAACGUGAAGGUGAAGAUGCAACGGCCUAACAACAUCACUGUUGAAAUCGAAGACGACGAAUUCCUAUCGCAGCUCGCGGCGGUGGAGGACUACGUCGUCUCUAACAAACGUCCGAAGCUUCUUUGCGCCUCUGAGGAAGAAGGACAAUACACCGCUGCUUUGAAGGGAAGCCACAAUUUUCCCGCCACUGCAGUAACCAAAGGAAUAAGCGGCGGCGUUCCGGUGGUCGCUGGUGGCUCUUGCUUCAAAUGUGGAAGGCCCGGCCACUGGGCUCGCGACUGUGUGGAACCGGCACCUGGAGGGCAUGGUGGAGGGCACUUUGGUAAUUAUGGGAAGGACGCUGCCGUGGUCGAGAAAGCUUGCCCCUGUGGAAUGGGAACUUGUUUGAUCUUGACGGCCAACACCGAGAAAAAUCGAGGUCGCAAGUUUUACAAGUGCCCUAUUAGAGAGGAGAGUGGCGGCUGUGGUUUCUUUGAAUGGUGUGAUAAUGCUGCUGGAACUAGAAUGACUUCUGGAGGCAACCAAAGUUCCGUGUCUGAUUCAUUGUUUCCAUCCUUUCAUUGUCCUUGUGGUGCUGGAGCUUGCUUGAUUCUAACAGCUAAAAGUGGUAAAAAUCAUGGCCAAAAAUUUUAUCGCUGUCCAAGAAACCAGGCAGAUUCUUGCGGUUUCUUCAAGUGGUGCAGUGAGCUCUCUGUUGGGGAUGGUGUAUCCGUCAGUCCCUGCAAGAGCAAUUACAAUAUGAGUGAGAAAGACAGACCGAGCUACGAUUCUGGAAGUCGGUCGGCAUGUUUCAAAUGUGGCAAGCAAGGGCAUUGGGCAAAAGACUGCCUUAUGGUCACACCAAAUGCUCCUGCCAGGGGACAAAGAUCUGCCUCAACAAACGACACUUGUUAUAAAUGUAACAAGGCUGGACAUUGGGCGAAGGAUUGCUCAUCAAAUUAGUUGGUAAACCAGCAAACGGAAGCGUUAGACGCCACUUUCCUCAUUUCAAAGCCUCGCUAAUCGUACCUGUAAAUAUUGAUUACUAUGAAUAUGUUUUGAUAUCUUCUGGUGCUCACUUGCAGAAGCAAAACUAAGUUUUGUACAAGCUAGUCGAGCUAAAUCAGGUUUUGACCUUCACUCAUCUCUUUUCUGAAUGUUCUGGUCCCAUUUAGUGAAGCUGAACGGUUGAUGCGCCAGGAUCGCAAGCUUUGCAAAUUCCAAAGAGAUCAAUAAAAUAGUGUUACGCUGCA